AUGGCUCGGAUUAAGCAAACGGCUAGAAAAUCUAUAGCCAGAAAAGCACCACGACCGCUUCCUCCCGGUUACAGUGGCAAGAGCUUGACGGUGAAAGGUUCUCUCGUGGGAGUCACCAAGCGUCGCCAUCGAUAUCGUCCGGGAACCGUUGCGCUGCGGGAGAUUCGGCGAUACCAGAAAUCCACAGACCUUCUGAUCCGGAAGCUCCCUUUCCAACGCCUAGUCCGCGAGAUAGCACAUGACUUGCGGUCUGACCUCCGAUUUCAAUCCUCGGCAAUUCUAGCGCUACAGGAAUCGACUGAGGCGUUUUUGGCUGGCAUUUUUGCCGAUACAAACUUGUGUGCUGUCCACGCCAGGCGAGUGACAAUUCAGCCGAAAGAUAUGCAACUGGCACGCCGACUGAGAGGCUUGCCUUCUAGCACCUAA